AAGAAAGAGCAAAACUCCGCUAAAUUUGGUGGUGUCUUAACUAAAUUUAGCUCAACCUCAGCCCUCUCUGCUUUGUGGCUUCUUCCCCCAACUCCGGAUCACAUAGAGAAGAGACAGAAAGAGGAGAGAGAGAGAGAGAGAGAGAGAGAGAGACUGCCAUGGUUCACUGAGAAGAAACCAAAGACACAGAAAGAGAUCUUCUUCUACACAUUUCAUUCAUCCUCUAUAUGUCUCGACCACCAAACCAUGAAUUCCAAGAAUGGUGGAACAAGCACAGAGACAAGCACAGCGACCUCUUCCUCGACAAAUCUGAAAACCCUAGCUGGUUAACGGUCGAGAUCCGCAGCCCCUCCGCCGAUCUAACGGUCGAGAAAGGCCGAACUCGAAGCGCUCGUCAGCUCUCUUGGGUAUGGCUCUUGAAAUUCCAGCAAAUCGCCAAUUAUUUCGCCUAUUUCACCAACGGCUUCGUCUCCGUACUCCGAAUCGCUAAUCGCCGAAUCACUUCCUCCGAAUCCUAUUCGUCACGCUCCGAAUCCAGAUUGUAUCGAGUGAUUAAAGUGUUCUUGAUCGUUGUAGUGUUGUUACUAGUGUUCGAGCUCGUCGCCUACUUCAGAGGAUGGCAUUUCAGUCCACCGUCGGUGGGGUCGUUGGAGGUGUUGGAUUUUCUGGAGCUUGUGUAUGCCAAUUGGCUUCAAAUUAGGGCGAAUUAUUUAGCGCCACCGUUACAGUGUCUCAUCAAUAUGUGCAUUGUUUUGUUCUUGAUACAGUCCGUGGAUCGCAUUAUAUUAGUGCUUGGAUGUUUCUGGAUCAAGUUACGGAAAUUGAAGCCCGUUACGCUAAUGGAAUAUUCAGAGGGUUUGGAGAACGAGGAUGUGGAGGAUUUUCCGAUGGUGUUGGUGCAGAUCCCCAUGUGCAAUGAGAGGGAGGUUUAUCAGCAAUCCAUUGCAGCAUUAUGUAUCCAAGACUGGCCAAGGGAGAGGAUGCUUGUACAAGUUCUAGAUGAUUCUGAUGAUAUAGAUCUUCAACUCCUUAUCAAGGCAGAAGUUCAGAAAUGGCAACAAAGGGGUGUGCGGAUAUUGUAUAGGCAUCGUCUUAUCCGGACAGGCUAUAAAGCGGGGAAUCUCAAAUCUGCAAUGAGUUGCGAUUAUGUUAAAGAUUAUGAGUUUGUGGCCAUAUUUGAUGCGGAUUUUCAACCGGGACCAGAUUUCUUGAAGAAAACUAUUCCCUAUUUCAAGGGACAAGGCGAACUAGCAUUGGUCCAAACAAGGUGGAGCUUUGUGAACAAGGAUGAGAACUUGCUUACAAGAUUGCAGAACAUAAACUUAUCCUUCCACUUUGAGGUCGAACAGCAAGUUAAUGGAAUGUUUAUCAACUUUUUUGGUUUUAAUGGUACUGCUGGUGUUUGGAGAAUCAAGGCCCUUCAGGAAUGUGGUGGCUGGUUGGAACGAACAGCUGUUGAGGACAUGGAUAUUGCUGUCCGUGCUCACCUUUGUGGAUGGAAGUUCAUAUAUCUGAAUGAUGUUAAGUGCCUUUGUGAACUCCCUGAGUCGUAUGAAGCAUAUAAGAAGCAGCAACAUCGCUGGCAUUCAGGUCCAAUGCAAUUGUUUCGCUUGUGCUUUGUUGACAUACUUCGUUCAAAGGUGAGUUUGGCCAAGAAAGUCAACCUUAUAUUUCUUUUCUUCCUCCUGCGGAAACUUAUCUUGCCUUUUUAUUCAUUCACACUAUUCUGCAUUAUUCUCCCUUUGACCAUGUUCAUGCCGGAAGCUGAGUUACCAGCUUGGGUAGUUUCUUAUGUCCCUGGAUUCAUGUCCAUCUUGAAUAUCAUCCCAGCACCCCAGUCAUUCCCAUUUAUCGUGCCCUACCUCCUAUUUGAGAAUACCAUGUCUGUGACCAAAUUUCAUGCAAUGAUAUCAGGGCUGUUCCGAUUAAAAAGUUCUUAUGAGUGGAUAGUUACUAAAAAAUUGGGCAGAUCAUCAGAGGCAGACCUAGUUGCGUUUGUGGAAAAUGAAUCUCAACCAGCGCAAGGUACCAGUCUCCACAGGUCCUCCUCAGAGUCGGGUCUUGCGGAGCUUAACAGAUUAGAGUUGACCAAGACAUCUGGAAAGACUAAAAGAAAUCGUCUGUACAGGAAGGAACUUGCUCUUGCAUUUAUUUUGUUAACUGCCUCAGUGAGAAGCUUGUUGUCUGCUCAAGGAAUUCACUUCUACUUCCUGUUGUUUCAAGGGAUAACUUUCCUAGUUGUUGGUCUUGAUUUGAUAGGAGAGCAGGUUAGUUGACGUUCCAGUUACAAAUUUCACACGGUUAAAAGAUUUUUUCCACGGAUUCAAGCCUGGGAUGAAAAGUCACAUUGAACCACAGCCUUGGGAACCAUCUUCAGAGGUUCAAUAAUCAAUCAUAGCUGAAAAUACAUUUCUUGGCUGCCAACUAAAGCAGUUCAUUUCCGAUGUGUAUGCUUAUAAUUGUAGUCUAUGAGGAAAGGAUUACGGUAUCAUUAUUUGAUGCCGAGUCAUAUAGCUGGAAAAUUGAUCUAAAUUUGUCCAAGUCAUGGAGAUGGAGAGUUGUGAAACUGGCAGAGGGUGGUUUCUCUGUUCAGCCUGUUCAUUUGUUGUAAUGCCACUGUAUACUUGCCUGUGCAGAAAAUCGGGCAUUGUUAGAUUACUAAAUUAUUCUUUAUUUUUGUCAA